GUGAAAACUACAUGGAAUCAGCAGGACAAGUUAUCAAAUGCAAGGCUGCAGUGACUUGGGGAAAAAAUGCACCCUUUUCGAUUGAGGAGAUAGAAGUUGCUCCCCCAAAAGCCCAUGAAGUCCGUAUUAAGAUGAUAGCAACAGGUAUCUGUCGGUCAGAUCACCAUUCAAUUGAGGGGAAAUUUUCAUCUGUAAAAUUCCCAGUUAUUGUUGGCCAUGAAGGAGUUGGUAUUGUUGAAAGCAUUGGCGAAGGUGUGAAAGACAUUAAGCCAGGAGACAAAGUCAUUCCACUUGUCACACCUCAAUGUGGACAGUGUCAGUGUUGUAAGGAUCCAAGGGCUAAUAGAUGCCUCACAAUCAAACUGGAAAGGCAAUAUGGACUCAUGGCUGAUGGCACCAGCAGAUUCACCUGCAGAGGGAAGCAAAUCUACCACUUCCUGAACACCAGCACCUUUACUGAAUACACUGUAGUUGAGGAAAUAGCAGUUGCUAAGAUUGAUGAUACUGCAACAAUGGAUAGUGUCUGUCUCAUUGGCUGUGCUUUCUCCACUGGCUAUGGGUCUGUAAUAAAUACUGCCAAGGUGCACCCAGGAUCGACGUGUGUCAUAUUUGGUUUAGGAGGUAUUGGGCUUGCUGUCAUUAUGGGAUGUAAGAUAGCUGGGGCUGGUCGCAUUAUUGGAGUAGAUGUCAAUCCUGACAAAUUUGACAAAGCAAAGGAACUAGGAGCUACUGAAUGCAUAAACCCCAAGGAUUAUGAUAAACCAGUAGCACAAGUGAUUGUGGAGCAGACUGGAGGUGGUGUAGACUAUGCAUUUGAAUGUGUUGGCCACGCUGAGACUAUGUUAGCGGCAUUACACUCCAGUCACUUUGCAUAUGGAACUACAGUCAUAAUUGGAGUAUCUGCAUCAACUCUUUCCUGUGAUCCAAUGAUCCUUUUGUCUGGUCGCACACUGAAAAGCUCUAUGCUUGGAGGCUGGAAAUCCAAAGACUCUGUUCCAAAAUUAGUUUCAGAUUACUUGGCAAAAAAAUUUGACCUGGAAAAGUUGGUGACGCACCGAUUACCUUUUCAGAAGAUCAAUGAAGGAUUUGAUCUUUUGCUUUCUGGAAAAUGCAUUCGGACAAUCUUAACAUUUAAAGCAGUGGAUUGAAUGGGCGGCAUUCUUCUCUGUGAUGUCAAUUUCCAUGACCCAAAGAAAGAUUAAAAAAAGAGGAUUUGUGUGAUUUUUGUUUUUUACUGUGUCUAACUGGAACAACUGUUUUGAUAAAAACCCAUUAAAUAUAAUGACAUGAAAUACA